AUGAUACCUUCAACGAAAUAUCUUCUAUUGAGCUUGGUCUCUUGCUUGACAACAUCCGGCGUAGUCAAUGGCUUCAGCAGUUCCUCCAUGCCUCCUCGUCCUUCCAUAAUUUCACAAUCACUGUUCAGCCGCAGUGAUUCAGUCGUGGUGUUGUUUGGCAAGAACUCCAAAAAAGGUCGAUUGGGUGGUCUACUGGAGGAAGCAGGUGGCACGGUGGCCCCCACAGCACCGCGAUCAAGAUCGUCAUCCUCGUCAUCCUCGUCAACAACAAAAACGUCCAAAAAGAAAAAGAGCAGCAAGGGCAGUGAUAACAGUAGCAGUAGUAGUACUACCAUUGCACCAGGCUUGGCAGAAUGGAUGACACAACAGGAUAAUGGUGGUGAUAACGAAACGGAGGAGACUGUUGCUGCUGCUGCUGCUGCUGCUGCUGCCGAAACUACCAAAAAGGCCAAGAAAUCGGAUCGCCGCGAACAGCAAAGUAUUCGAAAGGAGCAAGAUGAGAAACGAACUGCAAAGAUUCAAGCAGCAAUCAAAACGUUGGAAGAAGCUUUGGAAGAAAAUGGUAAUUUGGAGGGUAUUCUUUCCGCCGUUCGUGGUCUCGUACAGUUGGGCGAUGAUUCCAAUACCAGCCUCAAGACUCUCCUCUCAACCAAGACACGGUCGGACUACCGAUUGGCAUGGGUAGGUGGCGACGAUGCCGUUUGUCAUUUAGGAACUGGACUUCACAAGGUCCCACUGGCUCGUUUGCAAGAAGUCUUUCUCAGUUGCAUGGGCCGCAAUCGCAUCGAAGUUUCCGAAGUCAUUCGAAUUCUGGGUCCCUUUCCAAAUGUUCGAAAUAUUUUGCAAGGCUCCACCAAGGUGGGAACCGCAAAAGGCAGCAAUGGAGGUAGUAAUGGCGUUGAAUCCAUGAACAUUGUCAUGGACAGCAUGGUAGAUGGUACUGGUAAGGAGAUUCUUGCUGGUACUGACGACAAUGUUCGAAGGGUCGGCCUUCAAAUUUACUUUUCCGAUGAGAAAGCAAUUGUGGCAGUGGUGCCACCAGAGGAUGGUGUCCGAAAUGAUCCGCUAGAGGACAAUGGAGCACAUGUGCUGGUGUUUGUACGAGAAGAAGAUCUGGAUGAUAAAUUGGACCAAAUGCGAGUUUCCUAA